AUGUCCUUUCUUUCUUUCUUUCUUUCUUUCUUUCUUUCUUUCUUUCUUAAUACUUCCUCCUUUUCAUUCUUUCUUUCUUUCUUUCUUUCUUUCUUUCUUUCUUUCUUUCUUAAUAUCCCAUCCUUUUCUUUCUUUCUUUCUUUCUUUUUUAAUACUUCCUCUUUAAUUCAUUUCUCUUUCUUUCUUUUCUUCGGCGCAUCAAAUUAUUUUAUUUUCUACUUCUCUCUCUCUCUCUCUCUCUCUCUCUCUCUCUCUCUCUUUCCUUAUUUUUAUUUUCUUUUCUUUCUUUCUUUCUUUCUUUCUUUCUUUCUUUCUUUCUUUUUUUUUUUUUUAAAAUCCUGCCCUUUUCUUUGUUUGUUAUUGUCUUACUUUAUUUUUCUCAAACCUCUUAUUUUUCUUUCCAUUUCUUUCUUUCUUUCUUUCUUUCUUUCUUUCUUUCUUUCUUUCUUAAUAUCUGAUCCUUUUUUUUUGUAUGUUUAUUUGUUUCUUUCUUUCUUGUCUUCAUAUCCCAUCCGUUUUUUCUUUCUUUCUUUCUUUCUUUCUUUCUUUCUUUCUUUCUUUCUUUUUCGAAAACCUUCCUUUUCUCGCACUUCCUCUCUGCUUGUUACUGCCUUACUUUAUUUUUUUCUCGAACUCCAUCUUUUCCUUCCGAUUUCUUUCUUUCUUUCUUCUUCCCUUUCUUUCUUUCUUUCUUUCUUUCUUAAUAUCUGA